CCUGCCCCUCUGCGGCCGAUUGCGGGCGAGCGGGGCGGGGGGAAGUCUGAGGUCCGCCUGCCCGGGGAGCCUCACUUGGGAGAGGAUGCAGACCCAGGCUCAGUCGUCUCCCUCGGUGCCUCGGUUUCCCUUUUCUGCCCGCUAAUGCAUCUCCCCAUCCUCCUCACCGCGGUGCCGGGUCCACCCGAGGGGAGUUGCCCACCUGGUAGCCUCGCCUUCGCCUUUGUUUCUCUCCCGGAGGGAUGCUGGUACCGGCCCCCUCCCCAGUUGGUGAUCGAUUGGUUGUGAUCCACCAUGCAGAAGUGAGUGAUGAAAGGCAACAGAGCUGAUGGGUCAUGAGGAUGUAAGUGCAUUUGAAGGCUCUCACACCCUCUACUCCAGGACAGAAUCAUGAAUAAACUGGAGGACAAGCAGGACCAGAUGAUACCAUGAAGAGAAGUUUACAGGCCCUCUAUUGCCAACUGUUAAGCUUCCUCCUGACCGUGGCGCUGACUGAAGCACUGGUAUUUGCUGCCCAGGAACCAUCUCCCAGGGAAUCUCUUCAAGUCUCCCCCUCAGGCACCACCCCAGGCACCAUGGUGACAGCAUCCCUCAGUUCUACCAGACACUCCUCCGUGGUGGCCACCCCUGCCUCUGUGGUGACACCAGCCCCUCAUCCUGAUGGACCCUCCUCACAGGCCACAGCUCCCAUGGCAACGACAGCACCCCAUCUAGAUGGACACCCUCCUACAAACACCAUCUCCACCAUCGUGGCGACAGCAUCCACCCCCCAUUCUGAAGGCCCCCUGUCCACAGGGCCACUUCCUGCUGCCACGGCAACCACAUCCCCCCAUCCAGAGGGCCGCUCCCCGGGCGAGACUGUGCCCACCAUCCUGCUGACAAAGCCAGGGGAAGCCACCAGCCAUCCCCCCACAGCCCCUUCCAGGGCUACCACCCGCAGGCCCCCCAGGCCCCCAGGCUCUUCCCGAAAGGGAGCCGGCAGUCCACCACGCCCUGGCCCCGCGGCACCCAGUGGUCAUGCUGGGAGGAAGGAAAGCCAGCGGGGAAGAAACCAGAGCUCCACACAUCUGGGGCAGAAGCGUCCCCUGGGGAAAAUCUUUCAGAUUUACAAAGGCAACUUCACAGGGUCUGUGGAGCCUGACCCCUCCACCUCCACCCCGAGGAACCCACUCUGGGGUUACCCCUCCUCGCCACAGCCCCAGACAGUGGCCGCAACCUUGGCGCCCAGCAGGACCUCGUGGGUACCAUCCACCACCCCCCUAGUGCCUGUGGAGGACAAGCCCAGCCUUAGCAGGGCAGACCAGGGGGGUGGUUCCACCUUCACCAGCCAAGGAGGGGAGCCAGAUGCCACAGCAGCCUCAGGCACCCCUGCCAGCCAACAGCGUGCCCCAGUGCCUUCCCAGCGCCCCCACGGUGACCUGCAGGACGGCGCCAGCCACAGUGACUCCUGGCUUACUGUCACUCCCGGCACCAGCAGACCGCCAGCUACCAACUCUGGGGUCUUCGCAGCCACCACGGGGCCCAUCCAGGCUGCCUUUGACGCCAGUGUCUCAGUCCCUUCCGAGGGGCUUCCUCAGGGAACAUCCUCAGCCCCGCAGGCCCCAGCCCACCCAACAGGGGCUUCAGAAAGCAUUGUUUCCCAAGCCGAGGAGAAAGCUGUGGCCACCCCCACACCCACCAUGAUGGGCAGGGUACCCAGUCCCCUCUCCACAGUGGUGUCCACAGCCACAGGAAACUUCCUCAACCGUCUGGUCCCCGCCGGGACCUGGAAGCCUGGAACAGCAGGGAAUAUUUCCCACGUGGCCGAAGGGAACAAACCCCAGCACAGAGCCACCAUCUGCCUGAGCAAGAUGGACAUCGCCUGGGUGAUCCUCGCCAUCAGCGUACCCAUCUCCUCCUGCUCGGUCCUGCUGACCGUGUGCUGCCUGCGGAGGAAGAAGAAGCCAGCCAACCCCGAGAACAGUCUGAGCUACUGGAACAACGCCAUCACCAUGGACUACUUCAGCAAGCAUGCCGUGGAGCUCCCCAGGGAAAUCCAGUCCCUGGAAACCUCUGAGGACCAGCUGUCAGAGCCCCGCUCCCCGGCCAAUGGCGACUACAGAGACACCGGGAUGGUCCUCGUUAACCCCUUCUGCCAAGAAACGCUCUUUGUGGGAAAUGAUCAAGUAUCGGAGAUCUAACUGCAGCAGCCCUCGCUUUACCGGUCCCUACCUUUCAUCUCUAACUUAUCAAUAUACAAAUAUAUAUUAUAAAUAUAAUCUUUGUGUAACCCUGACUUGAUGAGAAACAUUUUCAGCAGCUUUUUUUUCCUAAGAAUUGUCAACAUCUUUUUUAUAAGUGUGGUUUAAAAAAAAAAAAAAAUCUUGGCGGAACAAUCCAUGGCCUUUAUAAAAUAAAGGUAUUUCUAAGCAAAGCAGUUGCAUUGAUUGCUUCUCUUAAUAACUGUCCUUGUACGUGGGGGUCCCAGCAGCCCCAGGCAGGUGAGAGAAGAGACUGGCCUGUAUAAGCGGAUAUUAAAAUGGCCAAGUGCAGGCCCUCGGAGGCUUCUUACAGCUCUAGUUCCUCUGGAUUCAAUGUGAAGGACCCCAUGUCCGUCCCCUCAUCCGCACUUCAGUGACGGGAACUAGGCACCUAGAAGGACGCUGGCGGACAAGGAAGAGGGAGCCCUGGGCCCUGUGACGGCACCCCUCGCUGUCGAGGGUAAUUCCAUCCGAGGUGUGGACAAAGGCUGGAGUGUGGAGGCGGAAGAGGACCUCAGUGUCCUCAGGCCACGCCCCUGACAUCCCCCGCAGGGAGCCCCACUGUGCUAACAACAGGACUACUUUCCCCUCCGCCAGCAGGAGGCUCCCCUCCAAGUGUAUCCCCACAUUCUCUCACCACCCGCAAAUGCAUUAGACACAGUGCCUUUCUCUGGAGACGGUUUGGAUGUGGAUCCCAGCCCCGGAGCUUUGAAAUGCUUGCCCUUCCUCAAGGAUCCAGUGUUUGGGGGUUCACCUUUGUUUUCUCAAAAGACAAUCGCAUCACACCCCUGAGGAACGUGUUUGUGGAUGAAGCCUUGGAGUGUGGAGCUGUAGUUUUCUAAACCUUCCUCCCAGGAUCUUAAAAUAACAAGAUUGCCAAGGCGGAUCUCUCAGAAGACAUCACUGUAUCUGUGCUGGGCGCUGCAGACCUGCCUGGGGGUCACCAGGGGUCUUCACCUCUCGCUGGUCUCUCCCUGGGUGGUCUCCCGCUGCCCCACCCCCACCCCGGGGUCCACAAACCAACAAGGCUCAGACCCCCGGAGACAGGAGAAGGGCUUCCAGAGAUGGCUGCUUAUC